UUUCAGGUCAGCAUAGAACACAAUCCCUUCGUUUUUUUAUGAUUGGCAGAAUCUCCAGGAUGGUUGGAAGGAGAUUUAUUGACAUAGCAGGGAACCUGACAGACCCGAUGUACCAAGGGGUCUACAACGGAUCGGAGAAGCAUCCACCCGACUUGGAUGCAGUGCUGGAGAGGGCAUGGGAUCAGAAAGUGGAGAAGAUCAUGGUCACCGGGGGAAGCCUGAGUGACAGUCGGGCAGCUCUCGCCCUUGCAAAGCUACACGAGAGGCUGUUCAGCACUGUGGGGUGUCACCCAACCCGGUGUGGGGAAUUCGAGGCACAUGAUGGUGGGGCAGACGCAUAUCUGGAGGAGUUGUCUAGCUUGGCCUCAGAGAACAGGGGCAAAGUGGUUGCCAUUGGGGAGUUUGGGCUGGACUAUGAUCGACUCCAAUUCUGCCCCAAGGACAUCCAGCUCAAAUACUUCGAGAAGCAGCUCGAGCUGGUGAAGCUGACAGGGCUGCCAAUGUUCCUCCACUGUCGCAACUCGGCCGACGACCUGGUUUCCGUCCUGGAGAGGCACAAGGAUGGACCCUGGAAGGGAGUGGUGCAUUCGUUCGAUGGGUCCUUGAAAGAUGCCAGGGCCAUCAUCGAUCUCGGACUGCACGUCGGCGUCAACGGCUGUUCCCUUAAGACGAAGGAGAACCUGGAAGUGUUGAAGGAAAUCCCAAUCGAUCGGCUGAUGGUGGAGACGGACUGUCCCUGGUGCGAGAUCAGACCCAGUCACGUGGGGUACGAGCACGUCGAGACCCGCUUCCCCUCGCGGAAGAAAGAGAAAUGGGAGUCCGGCUCGGCGGUGAAGGCCCGCAACGAGCCCGCCAACGUCGUGUCGGUUCCACCCGUCCCGGUCGUCCCGCAAGUGGUGGAGGUGCUGGGGGCCGUGAAGGAUCUGGAUCUCGACGAGCUCGCCGACCGACUGUUCGAGAAUGCCGUGUCUGUUUUCUUCUCGGAUGCAAGUACGUGACGAGGAAUCGACGCGAUGUGAAUUACGCGACAUGACUCGUCUGCAUUGUUUGUGUCGUGCCAACAUUACACAAAGAAAGAUGGAAAUGUGGGAAGUGGGGAGGCCAUGCACUGGUCCCCCUUCUGUCCAUUGUGACCAUGCUUUCAGAAACAUUCUUCUGCUUAUUUGUUAUUCAACUCCAAAACUAUUAACAGACUCAAAACCCCACAAUGCUCUUUAGCCACGAGAACGGGAACGGUUUGGUCCUUUGGAACGGUUCCACGCCGCACGCCUCACGCACGUGAGCACGCACGCUGGAUUUCCGAUCCAUUCGGCUCACGUCGUCGAGGCCCUCGUUAGAAAUCGAUGCCGAC